GCUUUAAGUUGAUGGCGAUGCGACGCCAUCAAAAGUUAAUAGGAACUCUCGUUUCAUGUCUUAGCUUCCUCCGCACUUCCAACCUCCCUACUGGCUCAAGACGAAGAGGAGCAGGAGAAACAGAAGCAGCAGUGACAGCAGAUUAUAGUACAUUCUCGGGGCGAAGUUAGAUCUUAAAAUUAGACCUUCAUGGAAUUUGGCAGCCUGCGGCUGGACAGCUCACGUCUGGGGAGCGACGUCUUUUCCAGGUCCUCAUUCCGAGUGGAGGAAGACGACGAGGAUGCCCUCAGACGGGCGGCCCUCGAGCGGCUUCCCACGUUCGACCGGGUACGAAAGGCGAUUCUGCUCAUGGGAGAAACCGACCGCAGGGAGAUCGAUGUGGACCGUCUUGGCGUCCAGGAGCGGAAGAUAUUACUGGAAAGGCUGGUGCGGGUGGCGGAGGAGGACAAUGAAAGGCUUCUCUUGAAGCUCCGCGACAGGAUUGAUAGAGUUGGACUUACCUUCCCUACCAUUGAAGUCCGUUACGAGCACCUUAACAUCGUAGCAGAAACUUAUGUGGGCAACAGAGGACUGCCUUCUUUCUUUAACUCCACUCUCAAUGCCAUUGAGUCCUUUGCUAGCUCCCUUCAUCUUCUACCGAGCAAGAAGCAGCCAUUAUGCAUCCUCCAUGACGUUUGUGGAAUUGUCAAGCCACGCAGGAUGACACUGUUGCUAGGUCCUCCAGGUUCAGGUAAGACAACAUUGCUGUUGGCUCUCGCAGGAAAACUGAGCUCAGAUCUUAAGGUCUCAGGGAGAGUCACUUACAAUGGCCAUAGCAUGAAUGAGUUUGUUGCACAACGAACCGCCGCAUAUGUCAGUCAACAUGAUCUUCAUAUUGGGGAGAUGACUGUGCGUGAAACUUUAGAAUUCUCUGCAAGGUGCCAGGGAGUAGGUAGUCGGUAUGAUAUGUUGACUGAAUUAUCGAGAAGGGAGAAGGCUGCAUACAUCAACCCUGAUCCUGAUAUUGAUGUCUUCAUGAAGGCAACUUCGAUGCAAGGGCCGGAAUCCAGUGUAAUAACGGAUUAUAUUCUAAAGAUUUUGGGACUAGAAACAUGCGCUGACACCAUGGUAGGAGAUGAAAUGUUGAGAGGUAUAUCUGGAGGAGAAAAGAAACGCGUCACAAUAGGUGAAAUGAUUGUUGGGCCAUCAAGAGCUUUGUUCAUGGAUGAGAUAUCUACUGGUCUCGAUAGCUCUACUACAUUCCAUAUUGUGAAUUCAUUUAGACAAAUGAUUCACAUUCUCAGUGCAACGGGUGUCAUUUCACUACUUCAACCAGCACCAGAGACAUAUGAGCUCUUUGAUGAUUUAAUUCUCCUUUCAGAAGGGAUGAUUGUUUACCAAGGGCCCCGUGCCGAUGUACUUGAGUUUUUUGAAUCAAUGGGCUUCCAAUGUCCUGAGAGAAAAGGUGUUGCAGACUUCCUGCAGGAAGUGAUGUCAAUGAAAGAUCAGCAGCAAUAUUGGAUACACAGAGGUGAACCUUAUAGAUAUAUACCUGUCAGUAAAUUUGCUGAAGCUUUCCAGUCAUUUCAGACCGGUCAGGAGCUUAAACAGGAACUUUCUGUACCUUUUGAUAAGAGGAAAAGUCAUUGUGCUGCUCUUGCCACAUUGCAAUAUGGAGCCAGCAAGAGGGAGCUCUUAAGAGUCUGCAUGUCUCGAGAAAUAUUACUGAUGAAAAGGAACUCAUUUGUCUAUGCUUUUAGAGCAUAUCAGCUAAUGAUAUUAACAAUCAUUGUGAUGACUCUAUUCCUAAGAACCAACAUGCACCACAAUUCAGUAAAUGAUGGUGUUAUUUAUAUGGGUGCAUUAUUCUUCCUAAUAGUUAUGCACAUGUUUAAUGGAUUUUCUGAGCUUGCUUUGACCAUCAUAAAGCUUCCCGUUGUGUUCAAGCAAAGAGACUACCUCUUUUACCCUCCAUGGGCUUAUUCUCUGCCAACAUGGAUUUUAAAGAUUCCAGUUUCAUUUGUUGAAGCUGCUGUCUCUGUGUUUUUGAGUUAUUAUGCCAUAGGAUUUGACCCAAAUGUAGGAAGGCUUUUUAAGCAGUAUUUAUUACUCCUCCUAGUCAAUCAAAUGGCUUCUGGACUCUUUAGAUUCAUUGCUGUGCUUGGAAGAAGUGUGGUGAUAGCAAACACACUAGCAUCUUUUGCAGUGUUCUUGCUUCUAGUUUUGGGAGGAUUCAUCUUAUCUCAUGAUGAUGUGAAGAAAGGAUGGAUUUGGGGUUAUUGGACCUCACCGUUAAUGUAUGCACAGAAUUCAAUCUGUACCAAUGAGUUCUUAGCAAAAAGUUGGCACCAUAUUGUACCAGGAUCGACAAAGCCAUUGGGAGUAACUAUCUUGAAGUAUCGUGGAAUAUUUCCUUAUGCAAAGUGGUAUUGGAUUGGUCUAGGUGGAUUAACAGGAUAUGUUAUACUCUUUAAUGGCCUGUUCACUCUGGCUUUGGCUUAUUUAAGACCAUUUGGGAAAGUUCAGCCAAGUAUAACUAAAGAAGUAUUGAGGGAAAAACAUGCAAACAGAACAGGAUUGCCCUUUCAAGAUGACCAUUUUGAAUCCAAAAGUAAUGCUUUCAUUUACCAAGAGUCUUCCUUGUCUUCUUCAACUACGAAUAGUAGCACAGCUAGGAAAGGAAUGAUCUUACCAUUUACACCUCUUUCAGUUACCUUCAACAACAUUAGAUACUCUGUAGACAUGCCUCAGGAAAUGAAAUUGCAAGGUGUUAAAGAAGACAGAUUACUUCUACUAAAGGGUGUUAGUGGAACAUUCAGGCCAGGAGUCCUUACAGCACUAAUGGGUGUAAGUGGCGCUGGUAAGACUACAUUGAUGGAUGUGUUGGCGGGGAGAAAAACUGGAGGGUACAUAGAGGGGGAUAUUUUCGUUGCCGGAUAUCCUAAGAAGCAAGAUUCUUUUGCCAGAGUGUCGGGAUACUGCGAGCAAAAUGAUAUACACUCACCGAAUGUGACGGUUUAUGAGUCUCUUGUGUACUCGGCUUGGUUGCGGUUACCUGUUGAAGUUGGUUCUGAAAAAACAAAGAUGUUUAUUGAAGAAGUCAUGGAGCUUGUUGAGCUGCAUCCAUUAAGAGAAGCACUGGUUGGCUUACCAGGUGUGAGUGGAUUGUCGACUGAGCAGAGGAAGAGGCUAACCAUUGCUGUUGAGCUUGUUGCUAACCCUUGUAUACUUUUCAUGGAUGAACCUACCUCUGGACUUGACGCCAGGGCUGCAGCAAUUGUCAUGAGGACUGUGAGGAACACUGUGGACACUGGGAGAACUGUAGUGUGUACAAUUCACCAGCCCAGUAUCGAAAUUUUUGAAGCUUUUGAUGAGGUCUUCCUUUUGAAGAGAGGAGGGGAAGAAAUCUAUGUAGGUCCAUUAGGUCACCAUUCUAGCCACUUAAUCAAGUAUUUUGAGGGAGUUGAGGGAGUAAGCAAAAUCAAAGACGGGUACAAUCCGGCAACAUGGAUGUUGGAAGUGACAUCAACGGCUCAGGAAGCCAUUCUUGGCGUUGAUUUUUGUGACAUAUACAAAAAAUCAGAAGAGUUUCAGCGAAACAAGGCACUCAUCAAAGAACUCAGCAUUCCUCCGCUUGGUUCCACUGAUCUCUAUUUCACAACCAAGUACUCAAGAUCUUUCUUGACACAAUGCAUGGCUUGCCUCUGGAAACAAAGAUUAUCAUAUUGGAGAAAUCCUUCCUACACAGCAGUGAGGUUCUUCUCAACUGUAAUCGUUGCCUUGAUGUUCGGAACCAUAUUCUCCAACCUUGGAAGCAAAAGGAAGAAGCGGCAAGACUUAUUUAAUGCAAUGGGUGCUAUGUAUGCUGCUGUCCUUUUUAUGGGAGUGUCGUAUUCUUCAGCCGUCCAACCAGUUGUCGCCGUGGAGCGUGCAGUCUUCUACAGAGAGCGCGCUGCUGGGAUGUAUUCAGCGCUGCCAUGUGCACUAGGACAGGUUCUAAUCGAAGUGCCUUAUGUUUUCAUCCAAUCCCUUGUGUAUGGAAUUCUUCUCUAUGCCAUGAUUGCCUUUGAAUGGAACAUGGCUAAACUUUGUUGGUUCCUGUUCUUCCUCUACUUCUCGCUACUUUACUUCACAUAUUACGGGAUGAUGGCAGUAGGAUUGACACCCAACUACAACGUUGCGGCCAUACUCUCUGCUGCCUUCUACGGCAUAUGGAAUCUCUUCUCGGGAUUUAUUAUCCCCCGGCCGAGAAUGUCGGUGUGGUGGAGAUGGUAUUAUUGGGCAUGCCCUGUUUCAUGGACUCUGUAUGGCUUGGUUAUUUCACAGUUUGGAGAUGUUAAUGAAAAGCUGGACUCUGGCGAGACGGCAGCUGAAUUCCUGAACGACUUCUUUGGAUUCAGGUCUGAUUUCUUGGUAGUGGUCGCAGUGAUGGUUGUUGGAUUUGCUCUUCUUUUCGCAUUCCAAUUUGCAGUUGCAAUCAAAUUGCUCAACUUCCAAAUGAGAUGAUGGAAAGAUGGAGUAUAUAGUGCUAGUGAGGGUCGAGCUAUCAGAUCUACAUGUUUUUUUACUCGCUUGUAUUUGGCAUUAGAUGUCUGCUUUAACUGUGUGAUAUUUGUCGAAUUUUUAUGCAUUUUCAACUUCUUUGGAAAGUGGCAGACAAUUGGCAUGGGGAUGAUAAAUGUUGACUUUUAUGCAAUAUUAAGUUUUAGAGUUGAGUUUGA